AUGGCUUCGCGACUUGAGAUCGAUACCGGUGAAGAGACUGGCGCAUCAAAUAUUGCACGUGAUGCUAGAAUCGAGCGUCUUUUCCUAGAUGCCACGGAUAUUGCACUGGACUCACCCUCGACUAUUCUGCAGCAAUUCCUCAGCUUAAGGUCCGUCAUAUCUACCACCUCAUCGUUCAGUAUCCGUUUCCAAAAGGCGCGUUUUGAACCCCAUCUGCAAGCAAUCAAUCAAAUCGGCGGAGGCCUACAAGGCACCAUUUUGGAAGUCAUUUGGAAAGAUCACGUCCUCAAGAAAGAAAAUAUAGGCAACGAGUCACGACAUUCAAAUCUACGACGUGAAUUUUAA